GAUUGCAGAGAACAUGCAAAUUAUAAAUUUGCAAGCAAAUGUGUAUUGUAUAAAGUAAAAUGUGUAGUGUGGAAAAGUGCAAAACAAAAACAAAAUGUGAGAGCGAGUUCGAUUAAUCGGGGGAAAAAAUAAGUUGCAGCAUCUUGGCAGCAACAACAAAUACAACAAGCAAAAAAAAAAACAAAAACAACUCAACAAAUCUCGUACGAAACAAAUCGUUAACGUCAAAAAAAAAAAAAACAACAACAACAAUAAAUUAGUAACAUGCGCAUAAAUGGGAAAACAUCAGCAAGUACGAUUCCAUUCACAUAAGCACAUAAAUGAAUAAUGAAGCUACUAUUCUAUACUGAAAAUAAAAAAAUGUUACAAAAAACGGAGCAAAGUUUAAAAACAACGCACAAAUCUUACAAUUGCAUUGGUUGGCGAGUGCUAAUGUUGGGUUUCUGCGUCAUACUCCUGUACUCGACCGUUGCGGCGGCGUCUGUGGAGGCGACAACAAUGGGCAUUGCCACGGCGACAACAGCGGCAUAUAUGACGGCGAUGUCUGAAACAACGACGUUGAAACCAAAAAACGAUGUCAUAAGACGUAGUAUAAGAGUGGGCAAAUAUGGUAAUGCCACUAUAUUGUGUAAGACUUCUAACCGCUCACAAACUUAUUUUUAUGAUGCGUCUAUGGAAAAGUUUGUGUUUCCGUUCGACAUCGAAAAUGAGCUUCUAAGUAAUUAUGCUGUGUUAGUUUUGAAUGGAGUUCAUCAACCGUCAACCUACCUGUGCUUUCAAAAUGGAACUCUUUUAAGUGAAACGAUUUUGACAAUUGAUAGUGUAAUACAGACGGUUGUUAUCGAAAUGGGAAAGGGCGAUGAUGCCGCGCUUACAUGUAAACAUGAUGAAGACCAACCAGUCUAUUUUCAAAAAGACCUCGGCAAGGAGAACAUCAGAACUGAUAUUGUGUCAAUUAAUAGGACAACGAGUAUCCUUUUGAUUAAAAACGCAUCUUUACAAAAAACGAAAUAUAGUUGUACAUAUUUGGACAAUAAGCACAUAGAUGAAUCGGAAUUGAACGUGGGCACUCCUCCGACACCAGUGAUCAAUUUUAUAUGCGAGAAUCAUAACUAUUUCAGUAUGUUUUGUGAAUUUUCGAUUCCACCGAAUCACUUACUCCCGGAUUAUAGUUUAACGUACCAAGUGGAUUUGUUAAAUUCCGAGAAAUGUGACCUCAAAUAUACUAUGAAGAAUGGAAUUUUAACUGCGAAUACUACUUUGGACCCCUAUCACCCCUCCGGUUAUGUCUACAAGUUCACUUUGAUUGCGAGUAAUAUUUUAGGAAAUCUUUCACAAGAAUUUGUUGUUUUAAAUAAUGAAAGUGCGAUACCUCCAAAACUUUUUAUCAACAUCGAAAACAUAAAAUCCCAUAGCGUCAAUUUGAAUUGGUGGGAUUUUCAGAGUCCAUACUACCAAUUAGAUUUAGUAUAUGAUAUUCACGUUCAACCAGUUGAUAGAGAUGGAUAUACAAACUCGAGUACUUGUCGCACAUUAGAAUGUGAAAUGAUACUUGAAAAUCUUCCAUAUGCAAAUUGGAAUUAUACAUUGACUGUGCGUGCGCGUGUGAAUGCCACAAAAAGCAAGUGGAACGAGCCAACCUAUCUUAACUUCAAAACCAUAUCGUGUAUACCCGAUCGUCCGCCAAAAACGAUUGCUGGUGGCUUUUAUAUUCAUUACAAUUCCACUGAAAAGGUAAUAAGCCUAUAUUGGGAGGAGUUGGCGCGACAUGAGCAGAAUGGACCAGGAUUUUAUUACAGAAUUGAUACGUGGAAUGGGACACAUGUAACAUCAAAAACAUCUACAGAAACAUCAGUAACUUUUUCUUGGUUAGACCAACCUAAACUUUAUGAAGUCCGCGCUGUAAAUGAUGUUGGUGCAUCUAUAGCUAUGAGUACAAUUAGUGUUAAUGUAUCGCAAACAUCAUACGUACCGAAACGAAUCGAACAGUUAUUGUAUAGUAACGAUACACUUGAAUUACUAUGGAUGCAUCCUGCUGACUACGAUAAAGACCCACCAAGUAAUUACACUGUAUUUUGGUGUCAACAAAAGGUUCGAUGCAUUUCGCAGUGGUCAGCAAUAAUACGACAAAGUUCCAUAUCAGUAAGAGAAAAAGAAUUCAUAAUGGCUGUUGCGGCUAAUUAUCAAAAUUCGAGUAGUGGUUUGCAUUGGAAAACUUGCUAUGAUGCAGUAUUCGGCAGUUUAGAGACCGUAACGCUCGAAGCUAAAGCUGUAUCAUCGACAGAAAUCGCCUUAAGGUGGCGUUUAGAGGAGACUUGUGUUAAUGCUUUUAAUGGUUACAAUGUAACGUAUUGCCCAGUAGAAAGUGAAGGACAGCAGUGUAACGAUUCUGAGAACAUAACUAUUAAUUUUGGUGAUCCAGGAAUUCAAGAAAUCACUUUAAAAGGAUUGCACACGUAUACCUUCUAUCGCAUCACAAUGAUCUUAUAUGCUAAAGACGAACGCAGGGGUCGGCCCAGUGAGUUUAUAUUUUGCCGUACAAUGGAUGCAGCUCCGUAUCCACCCACUGGUUUAAGAUUUGAAAAAGCUUCCUUAACAAGUAAUUCGGUAAAUAUUUCUUGGGUAGCGCCGAAAGUCACUAAUGGGAAAAUUACAAAAUAUACCGUUUGGUAUUUAAGGAAAAUUAGGGGAAACACUACAAACGACCCAACGCAGACGGAUAUUCCAAUAGGUGACCGAAAUGUUACUAAGUUCUCUUAUAAGUUGAAAGACCUUAGCAGUUAUUCGCCGUAUAAAGUGUGGGUAACGGCGUGGACAUCAAAGCAAUCAAACAGAAGUGAAUCGUUGAACAUUAAUACCUUAAUGGGAAGACCAUCGGAACCACUCGAUGUGGACCUUGACAGAGAUGACGGUUAUUAUACAGCCAAAUGGACAGACCCCGUAAUGCCAUCAGGGCUUGUAGAGCUAUACGAGCUGAAAUUCUUUGAUGGUGAUAAAGUGAAGCUAGCUUAUAUACAGCGGGGCUCAAAGAAGACACAUCGAUGUCGCUUUAAAUAUCCUGGUUGCACGGGUGCAUGGCACAAAAUGGAGGUGCGCGCUAUCAAUCUGGUGCCAGAAGAUCAAUUUGAUAAUACUACAUUUACCGUAGAGCCAAAGACAGUGCAACGAAAACGCCGCCAUAGUAUGCCUACGAUCAGUACCGGAGCAGUAUUUCAUCAAUCACUAACUAAUGGUGAGAAAAAGAGCAACAUUAUAACGCCGUUGCAACAGGAUUUUGAAUGUGAACUAAAAGAUGAAGACAUCAAACCGAAAGUUCUUACUAUACCUGGCGUAAUACCGCUUGAGUCGGCGGCGGCUGGAUUAUCUCGCAAUACAUACAAAUGUCCGAAGUUUCCCUAUGAGAUACUGGUGGCUUCAUUGAUUUUUGUGGGCAUGUUUAUUGCUACAGUAUUUUGGGUAGGCAAUGACAUUCGACGUCGCGCGAAAUGUGCUGUUCUACUUCCUGAUCCAAUUGUCACACUAAUGAGUAAAAUACCAGGCAAUCUUACUGACAACCAGCCGCCGAUGAACGAUUCAUUCAGCAAAUCUAAUGAUUUUGACUCUUCCAAAAAUCCAAUUCAAAGUACAAAUAAAUUUGAUUACGAUAGCGCGUUAACGCCUAGUAGUAGUGAGAGUGGCGUAGACGGUGUUGGCGCCUGUGAUAAUGUAAGUAGCAGCAGUAGUCGCGACAAUGUCGACGACACGUAUUUCGAUCGAUUUGGGCCAAUAGAUGCACUAGUUUCAUCAGCGAGCAAUACCUCACUGAAUGAGAGCACUCUUUCCUCGCGUCAACAUUCCCCAUUGCAACGGAAAAAUGCACACAGCGCACCUACGCAAACCAGUUAG